ACUAAUAUAAGCAUGAGAGGAAGUAUUACUGUAUUUCUUACUUUAUCACUCUGUUUACUUUUAACACUGGCUUUAAAAAUCAUUUCCCUGCAUACUAUAUUACACAUUCUGGGUUUAAGCUUCUUUUUUUGUGCUUGUGGUUUACUCGUUCCCCCACCUUCCCCUCUAAGUGCGAGCAGCAGCACUCUCAGACAGAGAAAGGAAGGACCGACAGCAGCGAGUGAGCAGGAGAAAGAAGAAGCGUGAGAGCAAGAGAAAGCGUGAGAGCGAUAGACGGAAGACAGAAGACAGGUCUGUGACAGACAGCUCCCAUUCCAGUAACAUGACUAGGGGAGAGGAGAAGACAGCAACUUGGACAUAAAGCGAAAAACAGUAAAAAGUGUCUGGAAAAAGAGUGAAGAAAAAAGACGCAUGCAUGCAGAGAUACAACAGCUGUUUCUGCCGCGAAUGAGUUAACAGAGCUGAAGAUAUAAGCCCUGAACCUUUCGAAGAGAAAAAAGAGGAAGUGAAAAAAAAAAAACACGCACACGAUGACCACCUUUAACCACACUGGAAUGCUGUUGAACACAUCCAUCGGCCCACAGAGAGACUCAGACCUCAACCAAUCGUGUUCUUUGGAGGAGGAAUCGCUGCGUGUGCCUUUUGCUGUUCUGUACUCCCUCCUCUUCCUGUUUGGCCUGGCAGGGAAUGUUCUAGCCCUCUGGGUCUUCCUCUUUCUGCACUCGCGCCACAACUCCGUCCGGGUUUUUCUAAUCAACGUAGCUCUGGCUGACCUGGUGCUGGUGGCAUGCCUACCGUUUCGUGUCCUCUACCACGCAAUGGGCAACUACUGGCCGCUGGGUCCACGCAUGUGCAAGGUUGUGGGCAACCUCUUCUACAUGAACAUGUAUGUGAGCAUCACACUGCUGGGCCUCAUCAGCCUGGACCGAUAUGUGAAGAUUCAAGGAGUGCGGAUGGCCUGCUGCCGCCGCUGGCUGAGGGGUAGCGCCUGGAGCGUGGCGGCUUGUGUAUUUCUGUGGGUGGGCUCUCUGGUGGCUGUGGUGCCUAUGAUCGCCCUGGCUGAAGGAAAUGAGGAGCAGGGAAAGUGCUUCCAGUACAAGGCUCGCACAAAGGCCCGCGGAAAGGCCUAUUUCAAUCUCCUCCUGGUGGGCGUCUUCUGGCUGGUGUUUAUUCUGCUGGUGGCUUCAUACGCGCGAAUUGCUUUGCGUCUCUUACGAGCGUCACGUGACAAACCGGACCUGCCCAAUGCUAUGCGUUACAGCCGCACGGCUAAGAAGUCCUUUGUGGUGCUAUUCCUGUUCACCAUCUGCUUUGUGCCGUAUCACUCUUUCAGGGGCUUCUACAUACAGUCCCAGUUGAGCGAGACAUCCUGCGAGAUGCGGCGUCUCAUGGACCGAACCAACGAAGUCAUGCUGCUCUUCUCAGCCCUCAACAGCUGCCUGGACCCGGUGAUGUACUUCAUGCUCUCGGGAUCAGUGCGCAAGGCUGCGAUCAGAGCCUUGUCUCGGGUGUGCCAGGUUCAGCCGGAUCACACAAAUAUGGUCAACAGCUCCACCACAGAGUUCCGCAGGACGUCACUAUCGCAGGCCUCCACCACCGCACUGGCUACGCCACGCGGGAGCGUAGGGCUCAUAACCACCCUUCGUACCACCCCUUCCCAUCCAAAGGGCAGGCGGUAAAAAGAAGAAGAAAGUAAGGUCCUGCAAACAUCCUGCAAUAAAAGGCCUAGCCUUUCUGAUGGGUUGCAGAAGAAUGCAAAAGCAGAGUUCAUAACAAUUCCUGACAGUAUCUCCUACAGUAUGUAUUCAAUAUCUACUUUAUGUUCUUCUACUGUAUACAUGAGGCAAAAGGAAUAUGCAGGAAUCUCUUUCUGACUAUGAACUGUGAUGGGAAAAGCUGGAUUACUAAGUUCAGUAAGAAAAAAAAAAGACAAAAGACUCCAGGAAAAACAUCUGUCCUGGAAAAAAUACAACAGAAUUCUAGUACUAGUGCAAAAAAGCGACAGCGACAGCUGUGGAGACUUGCCGAAGCCAAUAAGUGACUUGCUGCAGUGAGAAUGCAACAGAUUGGAGAUUCUGACACUCUCAGAUAAUAGGAACACUUGUGCAUUAUAAGGAACAAAAGAUCAAUUUUUAAGGGACUUGUGUACAUAUUCGGUGAGCCACAGUGGUAGUGCUAGGAGGCUGGGGCUUACACACACUUACGUCCUUUAUUUCUCAUGUUCUUUAUUCAAACCUGCAUAUAUUGUGUAAAAUAUUUACUAAAAACUAAAACAUGAUAUUUAGGUUAAGCUUGUUGAUUGGUCAUGCACAGUACAGUCAAAAAACUGACACAGCUAGCUGGUUCCAUUAACAUUACUGUUAAUUGUUAGUCUAUUGUACGCCUGAAUGAUAUGCUUAAAUCUUGAGCUGUCCAUAUCUUUUGUUUUGUCAUGAUGAACUAUUGUCUCUGAAUGAUACAAAUGAUACAAUCCCCCAAAAAUUCCUGUGAUGAAUUCCAUUAUUAAAUUACAUUAUACAGUUUUCCUAAGAUUUUAUAAUACAGACAAUAUUAAAAUAAAGAAAUAUAAUAAUGCACUUAUACCUUAUGUCAUAAAAACAAUUAACUAGACAACAUAAAUCUUCUGUAGUUGAAACACUUAUUUAAAACACACACGAAACCUUUUUUAAUGCCUCAUACUGUACUUCUCUAACAUGUUGGUGUCAGCCUGUAGCAAAGAAGAGGAGCCCCACUGUCCAUCUGUCCGAAGCCUAAGGGAGGGUCUCUGGCAGUAAUCCCACUUUAAUCACAGACGUCUGUCUCGUUAGAAAAGGACUGCCCCCUCUGAAAUAUACCAGACCACACCUCUCAGGGCUGUUAUUUAUAAGGAUGGGCAGUCUAAUGGUACUUUUUGUAAAACAAAAAAAUAUAUAUAU